AUGUGUAUAAGAGGCAGCCAAGGGCAAUUUCCACUCACACAGAAUGUUACAGUUGUUGAAGGGGGAACAGCAAAUUUGACCUGCAGGGUUGAUCAAAAUGAUAACACCUCCCUCCAGUGGUCAAAUCCAGCUCAACAGACUCUGUACUUCGAUGACAAGAAAGCCCUGAGGGACAACAGAAUUGAGCUGGUUCGAGCUUCAUGGCAUGAACUGAGCAUCAGCGUCAGUGAUGUGUCUCUGUCAGAUGAAGGGCAAUACACCUGUUCUUUAUUUACUAUGCCUGUCAAAACUUCCAAGGCUUUUCUCACUGUUCUGGGUGUUCCUGAGAAGCCACAAAUUAGUGGAUUUACUUCACCAGUUAUGGAGGGAGAGAGGAUGCAGCUAACCUGCAAGACCUCUGGUAGCAAACCAGCAGCUGAUAUCAGAUGGUUCAAGAAUGACAAAGAGAUUAAAGAUGUCAAAUAUUUAAAAGAAGAGGAUGCAAAUCGCAGGACAUUCACAGUUAGCAGCACAUUGGAUUUCCGAGCGGAUCGGAGUGAUGAUGGUGUCGUUGUAAGUUGCAGAGUAGACCAUGAGUCCUUAAACUCCACACCUCAGAUAGCAAGGCAGGUUCUAGAAAUACACUAUACACCUUCAGUUAAAAUCAUAUCUUCCAGUUCAUGGCCAGAAGAAGGACAAUCUAUAGUUUUGACUUGUGAAUCCAAAGGAAAACCACUGCCGGAACCAGUAUUGUGGACAAAGGAUGGCGGAGAACUACCAGAUCCAGAGAGAAUGGUUGUCAAUGGUAGGGACCUAAGAAUUAGUUUCCUAAACAAAACGGACAAUGGUACAUAUCGAUGUGAAGCAACAAACCCUAUUGGCCAAAACAGCACAGAGUAUGUCCUGAUUGUACAUGAUGUUUCCAACACUUUGCUUCCCACCACUGUCAUCCCCUCACUUACCACUGCAACAGUCACAACCACUGUAGCCUUAACAACCAGCACAGCCACAUCGGCAACAGCCAUCAGCACCAGAGACCCAAAUGCUUUGGCUGGACAGACUGGACCUGACCAUGCUCUCAUAGGAGGAGUAGUGGCUGUAGUUGUCUUUGUCACAUUAUGUUCUAUAAUUCUGCUUGGACGAUAUCUGGCAAGACAUAAAGGAACAUAUUUAACAAAUGAAGCUAAAGGAGCUGAAGAUGCACCUGAUGCUGACACAGCCAUUAUCAAUGCAGAAGGCAGCCAAGUCAAUGCAGAGGAGAAAAAGGAGUAUUUCAUUUAGAUGCAGACCUAGAUUCUCUGAGUUUUACUUAUUAGGCUGACUGCUGGAGAAAACUGGCUAUCAUCUUUCAGAAUUCAUUUCUGUCAUCUUCUGCAAACUUUAUUAACUUACAUACUGCUAUAAAUAGCCAGUUUAUGCCAACAAUCAGUUGUUGACAGCAUCAUUCUUUCUUUACAGUACCAUCCACAAUGCAGGACAUUUCUUAUUGCCUAAAAUUCAUAUCCAUUGCUCUCUUAACAUACAGUGCUUGAAUAUACAGCCUUAACAAUGUUAAUCUUCAUCUUAAAUCAUGCUAUUGAGUUUUCUACAUUUUUAAAUGUUAUAUAACUUUCUUCUUUUCCAGUUUUCUUUUACCAUGGUCCCUAUCAGUAUGUCAUUGGAUGAUUUUCAUAACAAAUACUAUUCGAUAAGGACAUAAUGUACUUACAUAAAACAUUAAAUCUAAGAUUAGAGGUUUACAAAGAAUGUUUUAUACAUGUCUAUAAUUCAAAGGCAACCUGUUUUUGAAACAUAUGCCCUAGGAACCACAAACUGAAAACAUUAUAGUAUAGUUUCUUGUAUGCUUGGAUUUGGUGGAAAAGGAGUAUCAAUACAUUGUUAAAAAUGGCACCUUGAUACUAAUUCCAUGCUUGGGUGGUAGUUACAUCACACUGUAUUAUCUAUACAGAUUAUGCAGAGUUAGAUAAUGGUAGCUUCAUUCUAAAACAAAUUUAUUCAGCCCUUUUACUGCUUUUUGGGAUCACAAGAUUAGAUAUGUUUCUGUAAUUUCGGUUUUAAUAAUUUAUUUGCUUCAUAUGGACUCACCUGCCUAUUCAGAUUUGUAGUGUUCAUGGGGCACAAUUGCAAAGCAUUUUCCUAUCUGUAUAUAGUGCAUAUAAUAAAUCCAAUUAAACAUUAUUUGAUACAUAUUUAACUUUUUUGGCUAUAGCUAAGUCAGUCACAAGUAAGCAUUUUCUAAUGUCCAUUAUAUCCCUUUAGAUAUGACUUAAAUCAAUAUUCUGAAUAGAUAACAUGUAUUAGUAUUUUUUGUCUGUAUGUCCUAGCACUGUUCAGCAGCAAACUUUUCUAGUUCUUGUUAAUUUUUCUUUGUUAUACAAUGGAAGCACAAUGUUAUAUGGAAAGGUAGUUUUAAGCUAACAACCAGUGCACAGCCUCAGGUUUUGAAUUACAACCACAUUUGAUUAAUAUCCUUAAAAAAUACUGUUAUGUUGCUAAAUUCUCAAUUUUUAAUUCGGCAGUUCCACAGCUGCUUAUCUAUGUUGGGUUGCCAAAAAAACAAAAACAACAAAAAAAAAACCACAAGAAAAAAAAAGAAAAAAAAGCGUUAAAUGAUAUAUGUUUUGUGUAUACGGUAAAUGGACUAAUUCUUUAUAUUAAAUUCCUGUCUAUGCAUUUUGUGGGGUACAAACUUAUGUCACAGUGAAUGAUAGAGAAUUUUUGCCAAUGCUUUUAGCUCUAUGGUGAAAGUCUCUCUUAAAGUCUCAUGUUCUUAAAUAUGACAACAAAACACUAUAAGCCCAAUGGCUUAUUUCCUCUUCCACUGAAAUAAAAAUGGUGCCAGAUCAACUCUUGGUAGUGAUUCCAUGCUGGAGAAUGAAAAUCUGUAUCGUUUGGAGUUCAUCUCCCUCUCCCAAGUGUUGCACCUUUGAAAAAUAAUAUUUCUAUACGGUUGCUAUACUUGUGAAGUCUAAAAGCAUGAUGGCUUAUUGUAAAGGAUUAUCUCUUGGGAUUUAUUUUUUGUGGGGGCAGGGGAGGGAGAAUCUGAAUACAUCAUCAUGUAUUAAGAUAAAAUGGAAGACAAAGGUGCUGUGUCAGAUUAUUUAUCAGAAGAGUAUAAGCCUGUUAAGGAGAAUAUUAUAGUAUUAUUUUUUGUUUUGUUUUCUUUCAUUCUUUUUGUUGAAACAUUUAUCUUGUUAAUUUCUAAGAAAAAGAGGGCGAUGUUGAUCAAGCAGCACUUUUUCA